UUUUUUGCUUUAGCGUAAUCAAUGUCAUGGUUAAGUAACUUAGCCAAUAAAGCUGAAAAUUUUUUAAACACCCUCGAUAAUUCAGCCGCAGAAGUCUUCAGGUCAACUGAUCAACAGAGAUUUCUUGAAGAACAUAUCAGUGACUAUGUGGACAAUAGUAGCAAUUAUCCCAUUGAGGCAUCAUUUAGAUAUCACACAUUAACCGAUUCUAACCAGCCUAAUGAGUUGUUGAUAAAUUCAAGACAUGAUAUGCCUGUUACAGUGAAACCAUUGGAAAUGUCAGCUACAACUAGCUUUUAUCAAUCAUUAUCAGAGAGCAAUAAUCAGCGUACACUGGUUGACACACUAAAUAAUAACACUUUAUCAGAAUUAUCAUCAUCGUCUUCUGUUCAAAGCAAAAUAUCCAGGAAUAAAGAUUUGAAAUCUGCAGCGAAAUCAAACAGUUCGAUACAACAAUCAAAUGAUUUAGAUUUAUUUAAUUUUUUAAAUACUACUAAAUCAGUCAACUCAAAUGAAAUUACCAAUCCAUUAGAACGAGACGCAGUGAGACGAGAUUCUUUAUUAUCUACUAGCGAUAAAGUUGAAGAAGAUCAGAGUAGUGGUUAUGAAACAUCACUGUCGACUAAACACUCUGGUACACCUGUUAAAACAAGUAAAGGAGAAGUGAGUUCUACUGUAACGACUGUUCAUGAACUAGAGGUUCUAAGUGAAGAUUCUUGUAAACAAUCACGAAAUACACAUCCCUCUAUUACUAGUGAUCUUCAACUGGAGAAUAAACUUCUUCGUAGUGAAGUCUCAUCUUUAAGUCAAGAAGUGUCUGGAUUAUUGCGGCGUAAUCAUAAAGCUUCAGAAGAAAUUAAACAACUUACUGGUCAGGUUGAUCGUUUGAACAAUCAACUGAAAGAUUCUGAUCAACGUGUUCGUGAACUUCAAAUAAAAAUUAAGGAGUCUGAAUUAUCUAAAACGCCGAAUACCAACAAUGUUGAGUUGUUAGAAACUAAAUUGAAACAAACCGAAAUAGAAUUGUCAACUGUACAAAAUAAUUUGAAAUAUGUACAAUCUCAAUUGGAGAAAAAUAAGCUGACAAUCAAUACUUUGGAAGCUAGUCUGUAUGAAUCUCGUCAACAGAGUUUAAUUGCAGAUAAACGAAUUGAACUAACUCAAAAUGACAAUAUUCGAUUAACACGUGAAUUAACACAAUACAAAGAGAAAGCCAAUCACAUUUUAGCAAUGAAAGAACGAGUGAUUUCAUCAUUACGUGGUCAAGAUGUAAAUUUGGAACAAUUACAAACUACAGUUGUCAAUAGUGAAAAUAAUUCAGAAAAUGAAUUAAUCACUUCUAUACGUGCAGAAUGUGAUUUAUUACGUGAAGAAGCUACUCGAUGGCGUCUAGAAGUUGAGCAUAGAGAAAUGGCAAUGCAAGAAUUGGAAUUGCAAAUGCAAGCUGAGAAAGAUUCAUUACGACGUAAUAUUGAAUUAUCAGAACAACAGGCGGAACGUGAAAAACAACUUCGAGAAGAAGCUGAUACAGAGUUGGCGCAUUCAAGACAAUCUAUACGUGAAUUAGAAGAGACAUUCAGUCGUCAAAAAGCUGACCUACACAAUAAACUAAUGUCAACCGAGUCAGAAUUAGCUCGACUUAGACAAAUAGCAUCGAAUGAAUCGGUACGGAACACACCUCCUUCACGAAGUGAUCCAGAAAACAUAUUGACAUUAGAAUCACGUAUUAGACAAUUAACCGAUAAUCUUUUAUCGAAACAAGAUGCACUGGAUUCGGUGUUGGCACAAAAUCAUGCUUUAAAGAUUCGACUUGAUCGUGUAUUGAGUGAUAAUGAAUCGCUUAUUUCAGCUUUACCUAAUUAUGAUACUCAAUUGAUUUUGGGAUAUGGUAGAUCUUAUCAAUCAUCUAUUGGAGGUUAUGGAUGUACUAAACUAAAUCUACAUGAUACCCCGAUUCCUAAACAAUUAAGACCAUUAGCUUAUCGAAUAGAUAAUUUUGGUAUACAAACCGUUAACACUUUUCGUCGGUUCCCAGUUAUUCGUCUAACUGUUAUCAUUUAUUUAAUAAUUCUCCAUUUAUCGAUAAUUAUUGUGUCUUUCAUGCCAGUGGAUAACCUGAAUAAGAAAACUGUUACGGUUGGUGGCAGUGGCAGUAGUAAAUUGGUUAUAGAAAAUCCUCCUAUUGAAGUUAAUCAACUUCCUCAUGUUUUAAAUAAACCUUGAAUUAGAUAAACACAUUGUCUCUUCCUCUCUCUCUCUCAUUCACACACAUACAUUAUAACGGCCUCUAUGUUCUUGUGUCUUUUUCACUUUAUUGGUCUUUCUGUGAUGUAAUUUGUUUAUCUCUUUUCUUUAAUUCGGUGUACUUUUAUGUACUACUGAAAUGAAGGAUAAAUAGUAGUAUGUUGUGCGUUUUGUUCUUUUAUUCAUUUAAAGAUUAAUUAAUUAUUCUAUUUUUUGGAAUAACUAUUAAACAACUUCAGUAAAUGA